UAUAAUGUUUCCCACUGUCACUUCAGGGAAGAAGGGCUGCCCUGGGUCAGAUGAGGAUGAGGAUGAUCUUGAAGAUUUGUCUGACAUGAGUGAUGACGAGGGGAUGGAGGGCGGAGACUCAGAUGAGGAUAAUGAUGAGGAAGGGGACGAAAAGGCCUCCAAGGCUCCUCAGCCGCUGUCGUCCUCUGCUUUGAUUAAGCUGGCAGAAGGAGACGAGGAUCUGGUGGAGGACCUGCAGCUGUCGGAUGAUGACUAAGGUUCACGGUCGCACACACUCGAGCUCACCUUUGAGACUUUUCUGUUCUCCACCUUUACCAACAAUCUACGUUUAAGUAUAUUUCAUUUUUUGCUAUUUUCUUUGCUUCAGAAUUUUCUAUUACUUCAGAUGUACAGUACAAACAUGUUCAUGAUGUAAUUAAGCAUUGAAAUUGUUUAAAAAAUUCAAUAAUCCA